AUGGCUUCCCGUGGGAGGAAGCGGAAGGCCGAGGAGGCAGCGGUCGUGGCGAAGCGAGAGAAGCCGGUGGGCGACCAGGAGGCGGUGGAGGAGGCGGUCAUUGUCAUCGAGCAUUGCACGAGCUGACGCGUCUACGGGCGCAACGCCGCGGCCCUGAGCCAGGCGCUGCGCCUGGAGGCCCCCAAGCUUCCUGUCCGGGUGAACCCCGCCAAGCCCCGGAGGGGCAGCUUCGAGGUGACGCUGCAGCGGCCCGACGGCAGCAGUGCAGAGCUCUGGACUGGGAUUAAGAAGGGGCCCCCGCGCAAACUCAAGUUCCCUGAGCCCCAGGUGGUGGUGGAGCAGCUGAAGAAGUACCUCUCCUAG